AUGUCAAUUAAAUCCAAUAAAUCAAUUCCUCCUGAAGAUGACAUCACUUCUGUUUUGUCCGUUGAUAUCAAAGAAUUGAGGAAAGAUUUCAGUUAUUAUCUCAUUCUUCGACGGGUUUUAUAUCCGUUUGCAUUGACGGGUGCGCCCAUCAGUUAUUGUCUUAAAGAUCCCGACAAAGCAUUCAAAUACCUGAGCCGACACGGACUCAUCCAGAUAUAUUCAUUUUUCAUCGUAACUAUGGUUCAUGUGAUUUGUGGCUUCUGGAUGUGUCGCGUCUGUUACCAUAUCUUCCAAUUGGGAGAACUCACGGAUCAGUUAUGGGACGAGAUAUUCACAUUUCUGUACAGUGUUUCAGCACUGGAUCUCAUCUGGUUUUAUAAACAAACAUUGCGAACACUGAUUACACAAUUAGAUCAGGUCCCAGAAUUGGACCAGACCAUUCUUAUGCAUUAUAAUUACUUCAAAAUCAAGUACAAAGUGAAGCUCACAUUCCUAACAAUAUUCGUGUUGUCACUAAUGGUUUUGUGUCUUUCAUACAUUGCUGUUGUCAUUGUUGUGGCCAUUAAUACCGAUUCGGACACCAUUUGGACCAAUAAGAUAUUCAGUUUUAUAGCAUUGUACCGAUCAAACUUAAGUGCCGUCAGAAAGAUUGACGAAAUAUUCAAUAUAUUUAUUUUCGGUUAUUUUGUGCUCUUAUUCUUCGGAAUCGUUACUGAAAUCGAAGAAGUGUUGAGUCUUUUCAGCGCCGAAGAGAAGCCCAAUGUUCUCGAUAUUCUGCUGACCAUUGCUUUGGUUGUGUUGAUGUUGUUCUCCCUCUUCUAUACUCUCAAACAAACCUCUGAUGUGAACGCAGACUCAGCUGAAGCUAAAAGUCUUCUCUAUCAGUAUGUGUUGUCAACUGAUCCCGAGGACAGGACAGCUGUCUAUUACGAAGAGUUCCAGUUAAUGAUCCCUGGUCUAUUAUCUCAUACUGCAAACUUUACUCUAUUAGGCCUGGUCAAUUUAGAUGCAGAUUUCAUGGCAAAGGCUGUUGUCUUUAUCUACACCUAUACUCUUAUAUUCAAACAAUUCACUUCUGAAAACAAAGAUAAAGCCAAGAAUAUAACUAUAACUUAG